CAAGGUCUGUGGGAGCUUUAAAUAAGGCCGAGAGAGAGAGAUGGAGGACUGACUCGGCGCGAUAAGGUUAGCUCGGUUCUCACCUUGAUCGAUGUUGUAGCUCAGGAUAGCUGCCCCGGGUAGAAAGGAGAGGAUGCGAAUUGAUGAGCUCUCUCGAACGCAUGUUCUAGGUAUGAAAUAGCAUAGUCUCGACGGCAGCCUUGAACCGACGCUAGCCCGCGGAGCUAAAGCCCGUUUAACCGCCCUCUUUUAGGGAAUAGGUUCUUCCUUUCUCUAUUAGAUAGGAUAGGGAAGGAAGACCCAACAAUCGUAGACUUGAAAGUGAGUGAAUACCCGGUUUAGACCAUCGGGGAGGAAAGCAGCAGCCAACGAGAAUAGAAGCGGCUCGCUUCCGGCUUGGCUUGUAGUCGUAGUCUUUUAGUUUUCACUAGUAGGAUGCUUUCUAUCAUUAAAAUGAUCCUUUCCUAAAGCAAUUAAUUAAUCUCUCAGUUGGUUAGCUAGUGUAUUUGGACUUAUUUCUUUCCGUUCGAAAAGACUUCAAUGCUAUCAGAAGCAACGUCAUUCAAAUCUCCAAUCACCGCCCAAGGAAUGGUAUUCUCCUCUGCGAAGUGCCUCAAACUGUGCCAUAGCUGGUCCCUCACAGCAAUACGAUGGCUAGCCUGUGGGGAACUACUGCUCGGUUGGGGAGAAGGGAAAGGCUUGGGCCUACCUAUCGCGAUAGGACCUUAUAAAGGAACGAGAGCUGUUGAGAAGUUCCAUAUUGCCGAGCCGAAGGGCAGCACUUAUGUACGUGCUCGUAAGCCGGUAAACCAAUCUAUAACUCUUUCCAGGUCUACCGAACCAGCUCUGAGGAAGCAAUUUGUUAAGAGGUCGUGCGACAUGAAGACAUUGAUAGCAAUAUGGGGGAAGUUCCCAUCAGGCAACAACGGCUUUCCUCUGCUCUUACUCCCGCACUCGGGAAAAGAGGAGCUACUAACACUGACUACUCUCUGCUAUCUUGCAUCAGGAGGUCUGGAAGACAAGCCCAAUAAAAGAAGACCAAAAGUGCCUCCUGCUUGACUCUAAUCUCGCACCUUAAACUAAACUGUGUUUUCGUCCCAAAUACUUGCACCAGGUGGUGGCAUUAUGGGUUGUUGGGAGAGUUGACAGUCCCUGGGUAGGGUGGUUGUCGAGACAAAAUCUCCUUUCCGACGGUGCUUCUUUUACGGUCGGUCGAGCUACUUCGUUCCUCUCCCUAUCGGUCGAGCUACUUCGUGUCGGAUUAGCCGAAAAUAAAAGUUUAUCUGCAAA